AGCACAGCAGUAUGAGAAAUCCAAAGUCAUAUGUUUUGCUGUUGCUGUUUUCUGCUUGCUGUUCUGUGAUUCCAGCUUGAUUACACUUAAACUUAAGGCUGGCAAGUUGCUACAUUUUCCUGUAGCAACUAUGGCCUACAAUUUCUCUCAGAACAUUUGGAAAAAUGCUCUUUUAAGUUCGAACCAUGGUGCGUGGGCAUUACAUCGAACCAUUUCCACUACACCGGUGCGUAAUAGAGUGUCGGUAGGACGGUACAAACCCUUGGAGGGACGGAAGCAGUUACUCACAUACGAUCAAGCCAUCAAACCCCAUGAACUUGCUCACAAGAAAAGUUGGAACACUUGGAAUACAAGUACUCUUGAAGGAGGAAGACGUUCCCAGCUCACCACCAUUGAGGACAUGUUCAUUCGACGCUUUAUACAUGGAGCUUGGUUUUGCCAUAUUAAGGGCCAACAGAUCAUUAUUAAACGCCAACACAACAUAAUUCGUAUAGCCUUUUGUUUGCCUAAGAAAUUGCCUCCCCAGUCAGUUUAUUUCAUAACUGGGUUCUGUGAACGAUUAUUGAGUAUAUGGCUACAUUGUCCUGUUAAACUUGAGAUUCAAGCAGUAGAGAAUUAUGAAGGCUAUGUAAAGAUAGUGUAAGAAUGAAACUCAAUUAAAGGUUUUGAUGUCAGUACAAUUUAUUAAUAAUAAAUAUAUUCAUAUAAAUAUGGUUUAAAUUAA